ACAUCAAUUGGUCAACAAUGUCGUCAUCAUUCCUAAGUUAUAGAGGCCGGUAGAGAGUCGGCCAAACCUAAAGCGUGCCACCACUCUUGCAGUGCUGGAAAACUGGAAAGGUUGCAACCACGCGUGUCAAACACAUUACACAGUACUCGCUACUCAGUAGUUCGUCAAUAGUUUCUUUAGUAAUAGUAAAGACCGGCUGAAAAAAAUGGGCGGUGGGACGAGGCGUUUUAAGAGGAAGUUCAAGAAGAAAACGGUCAAAAAGGGCGAGGAAAACACUGAAAAUGGGGAGAGAAGGAGUUACAAGGACAUCGUCAGAGAGAACAAAGAAUUUGAAAGCUACUAUAAAAUGCAGAAGAUAGUUCCAGACGAAGAGUGGGACACUUUUUUAUCCUACAUGAAGAAGGACCUGCCAACUGCCUUUCGUAUUACGGCAUGUUCAAAAGAGGAAGCGCGCCUGCUCCUCAAGAUAGUCCAGGGCGAUCUGUUCGCGAGCCUCCUCGAGGCCGAGGGCUGCCGAGCCGACCUCAAAUGCCUCCCCUGGUACCCGGACUCGCUCGGCUGGCAGUUGACGAUAUCUCGCAAGGACAUACGCCGCUCUGAGAUGUACUUCCGACUCCACAAUUUCCUCAUGGCCGAGACGGCAACAGGCAAUAUAUCACGCCAGGAGACUGUCUCUAUGAUCCCACCACUUAUACUUGACGUGAAGCCGCACCACAAGGUGCUUGAUAUGUGCGCCGCGCCUGGAAGCAAGACGGCUCAGCUUAUAGAGAAACUCCACGAAAACGAUCCAGUCCCAGAUGGUCUCGUAAUUGCAAAUGAUGUUGACAAUUCGAGGUGCUACAUGCUUGUUCAUCAGGCAAAACGUUUGAACAGCCCGUGCUGCAUCAUCACGAAUCACGACGCUUCAAACAUGCCCAAUUUCAUGGAGAAAGCCGAAGAUGGGACUGAACGUCCAGUCAAAUUUGACCGUGUGCUGUGCGAUGUGCCGUGCAGUGGUGAUGGAACGCUAAGGAAGAAUGCUGACAUCUGGGUCAAAUGGAACAUCAACAAUGCCAACAGCCUGCAUGGCGUGCAGUAUCGCAUAUUAAAAAGGGGAGUUGAGAUGCUUGCCGUGAAUGGCCGGCUCGUCUAUUCGACGUGUUCGCUCAACCCUGUUGAGGAUGAGGCAGUCAUCCAGCGCAUACUCCACAAGGCUAAAGGUGCGCUCGAACUUGUCGGCGUUUCUGGUUUAGUCGAAGGUCUCAAAUACAGGCCUGGGUUGAGGAGGUGGUCACCUGCUUCGAAAGACCAGGAGAGGAUACUCGAGAAAAUCGGCCUUGAUAAUGAUGUCGACUACAAACUGGAAAAAUGCCUUAGGAUAUUGCCGCAUGAUGGCGAUACAGGUGGUUUCUUCGUUGCCGUAGUCCACAAGCUUUCAGCACUGCCUUGGGAGGCGCAGCCCAGAGUAGAUGAUGAUCUUUCUACAGGGGACAAGCCUAAUUUCAAGAAGGAAAAACGGCGCAGGAUACUCGGCUACAGGGAAGACCCGUUCGUCUUUUUCAAAGGAGAUGAGGAAGUCUGGCAUUCAAUACGGGAAUUUUAUAAAAUUGAGGAUUUAGAGCCGACCUGCCUUCUGACAAGGUGUCUUGUCGGUAAAAAGAAGAAUAUCUACUUCACUUCCAAAUCCGUCAGGGAUCUCGUCGACCACAAUCAGACCAAGAUCAAAAUUAUAAACACUGGUGUGAAAGUUUUUGCAAGGUGCGACAACAGGUCGAUGCAGUGCCAAUUUCGUCUUGUACAAGAAGGCCUGUUCAGGAUCAAACAGUACGUCAAGGGGCGCAGGGUAGUCGUACCAGAUGAAGAUAUACUGAAAUUACUGCAGAAUUUCGACCCGCACAACCCGACUGACCUGUCAAUCCUCACAGAGGAGACUAAGUCUGGGGUCGAAGGGAUUUCUCAAGGCAGCUGUGUAAUUGACUGCAAGGGACUUUCAACGUCUUUCGUUGGAUGGCGCGGUAACAAAAGCCUCCGGGUGUAUAUUUCCAGGCCUGAGGCGAUCCACUACCUCCGUCUCCUAGGCUUCGACGUCUCGAUUUACGAUGUAAAUAAAUUCAAAAAGGAAGUCAAAGAAGACACCAAAGAUCCAGAUGCUGUCGAAGAAGAUAAAACCCUUACAGAUGGGCAGGAUGAACUGAACAAACAGCCUACGCCGGAUGGAGAACUUCAAAACCCAUAUGAAAAGCUGGAUCCGGUAGUGGAAAAGAAGGACAUUGAAGUUGCUGCCUAGUUCUGAUAACGAACGAUCGACUAGGUGCUAUCUUUAUAGCAAAGACGCUUCACUGUUAGCGUAUGGCACAUAAUGCUAUCAAAAAACCUUGAUACGAACAUAUCUAUAAAAGCUGUGAAAAAGUUCAACCUGAAUAUAUAUAUACAUAAUUUAAUUCACAAGAUCAUCCAUGUUCAAGCGAUAUCCUGCAGAAUUAUACAAGAUUAUUAAACAA